UUUCAUUCUACGUUCUCUCGUGAUAAGUUCGGUUGGAAUAUUUUUGUUCUAUGUUAAAAUUGAAAAGAAGAAAGAAAGGACUGCAAAUGGAGAAAAGUUGGAAGCUUUAAAAGCUACAAAGUGCGAAGCAGUUUAAGUGAUUUAUAACUGAAAUAAACUGUGGAUUUAACCAAAGCCAUUCAAGACUUGGCGAACCAUUUCCGUUUCGUGGUCGACAAACGCUUUGUAAAUAUUUCAACAACAACGAAGUGCUUAACGAGCAGCUUCUACAAAUUAAAUCAGCUCAAACCGUGUUGGAAUUUGAGAAGCUUUUCAGCGAACAAUUACGAUAUAAUCAAGAGAAUCUUCACAGCGCAAAAUCCCUUAUUGAACCCUACUACGACGUUAAAAACGUUUUAAAUCCCUUGAAGCAAUUUCCAAGCGAAACGUGUCUCUGCACGAAGGAUCUUUAUCGAUUGAAUAACAAUCGACAAGCAUCUGAACAUCAACAUCGGACAACAUCAUCGAUUGAGACGACAACAUUGCAUGCAAAUAAAAGUUUGAAUGAUAAACAUUCUAUUGAAGAUUUUGUUAGUUUAGCAUCAGAGUGCUACGAUAAGUGUAUAAACAUUUAUUUAGAUAAUCUCAAUGAUUGCAAUCGUCGUGCUGAUAUUGCUGAACGACAAACAAUCAGAUCGCCAUCAGGUUAUACUGGAAAGCGUUCAUUUAAAGCGAGAAAAAUCAAUGACUUGUCUCUCGCAAAUCAAAUUAACAAAUUAAGCAUUCAUUUAGAUUCACAGCAUCGUGAAAUUGAAGCAUUUUCGUUAGAAAAUCUUUUUACUCAUCGACAAACCGCAAUUUUUCCACCCCAAAAUUGUAGUCAUCAAAGUAUGAGCUGUAAUGACACAAACAACAACAGCACUGAAAGCACAAAUCAAUUAAAAGAUCCGCCAAAAAUAAUUCUGAGUGACCACUCGACCAAUCAAUCAAAACAGGGUGAUAUCGGUAGAAGUUGCAGUGUUGAAAGCACAUCUACCGACAAAAACUGCUUGACAGUCCCUCUUGAAAACUAUUAUUCUAGUGAAGCAAGACCGCCUUAAAUCGAGUGAGAUUGCAAACAGUUUAUGUGAACAUAUUUGAAGAGAAACGAAAUAAAAAAAGAGCUUAAAUAAAUAAUUCAAAAAUAAAACAAAGCUUUAGUGAAAAAAAUAAAAACAAUUAAGCUUUGGAAAGCUUUUAACGUUUAUUGAAAGUGUAGCUAAAAUAAUCCGUGUGCCAAUUCUGUCAAUCGAAAUAAUUUUUAUUAUUUCUUUCCGCAUCUGUCACUACUUACAAUGGUAAUGAAGAUGAAUGAGACAACAGUGACUGAAACGUUCGAACCAAUUGAACAGAAUGCUACAACUGUAACAAUUACUUUACAUCCGCAGCCAAAUGAAGAAGCGGCCACCUGUGAUAAAGCUCUUGCAACAACAUCGAUUAAUGAAGAAGCCAAGGAGACAAAAAUGUCGCCAAGUAGUGACGAUUCGUUGUCGCUUCUUAACAGCCAAAUGUUGGUGAAAAAAAGUCUUAAGCUUGAGUUGACUCACAAUAAUAAUGAAAUAAAAUCUAUCGACACUGGUUCACCUGAAAUGAAUGAAGAUCUUUCUUUCAAGUCACCGACAUCUCCUCGAACGUGUCGAAAUCGUUCUGUUCCACAUCAGACUUCACUCACAUCUCAAGUUGAAGUUGUUGACGAUAGAAAAGCUCUUCGUGAUGCACUUUAUCAAGGAAUAUUUCAUCGUCAUCGCAGAACAAUUUUUGCUGUCGGCAGUUUUCUUCGAAUGUUGAAAUCACGUAGCUCCCAAUACAACACAAUAAGAAGCUCUUCAGAAGCAAUUCGAAAAUGGAGCGUGCGUUUCUAUAGAUACUUGAGAUCAAAACUUUCCGCCUGAUACUUUUCGAACAGUGGAAAUCUGAAAAGAAAAUCAUCGCCUUUACAGCUUUUAUUUGGUCUAUUGAAUUAUUUUUCAGCCUUGAACAUCAGCUAUAUCAAUUUCUAUAAUAAAACGUAAAUAAGAAGAAC